AUGCCCGUUCAAGUGCUAAUCGAUCGUCUUGUUGACAAUGUACAUCGAUUGGCUACUGUGGACACAGCUGGUGAUAUUCUUCGUUUCAUCUUCUAUCCAUUCGGUACACGAGCACUUGAUCAUGGAUCUCAGCUCUUGGCUAUCAAGAUGGCUAAACUUAUGCAAUGGUGGCUAACAGUAAAACCAAGUGAAGCACCAUCCAAAGGUUUGCUCGAAUUAAUUCGUGAACGACGCAUUAUUAUUAUACAACAAAUCGAAGGUCGACUCAUUCCGAGUCGACGAGAUGAUCCUCGAAAACCAUUGACUCUACUUCAUCUGAUUCGUCUAUUUAAAUUUACACGAUGCACUGGGAAAGAAAUGAAUGCAUUGAUUGAAUUACUCACUGCAUGUCUCAACUACAAUGAAAACAAUGCUAUUGAUAUGCAAUGUUAUCUCAUUGCGCCGGCUCAUUUUGAAUCACUUUGGCGACUCUAUUUUGAUCCAUUAUUGAUUGAAAAAGUAACAAGUCAAGAUCCACGUGCACGCAAUGAUGCUCCAGGUCAAACGGCUUAUUUAUCAAAUCAACCAAUUACAGUCCGAUGGACGGAUGGUCGUGAAGAUGCUUGUACUGAUGGUGUAGUAAAUGGUCGUGAACGUAUUGAUCAUUUAGUUCAUCGAGCAUUAAGUGCCUGUAAUGGAAAAGAGCAAUUGAUGAGUUUACUCACUAGUAUACAAACAAGUUUAUUCAAAGCUGAUCAUGUCUUUUCAGCUUGGCAACUUCUUUAUCGUCAUAUCAAGACAUUCGAUUAUUUUGACAAAGAUAUUAGUGAAUUUUUAUUCGAUCGUUUACAAGACGUUGAUAUGAUAGGUUAUGAAAAUCAACUGUAUAAAUUUAUUAUCGAUCAUUCAUUUGAGAUUUGGCCAUCAAUGAUCAAUAAUGAUCUACUUGAAUCAGUUCGUUAUCGAAUUGUUCAACUCAUACAAAUACUUAUUAAUAACAAGACAAAUGAUUCGAAUCAACUUAUUGAACAAAUAACUGAACGUAUAUGUGCAAAUACACCAGUAAACAAUGUACGUGGUCAUCUUUGUUUCUUCGUACUUCUUCAUGAGUUACUUCCGAUUUAUUACAAAGUAGUCUUAAUUAGUGCAAUUAAAAAAACCAAUCUGAAUAUGUUGAUAUGGUAUGUUGAUUUUAUUAUGGAUGAUAACGAUGAAAUUGAUAAUAAAGCAAAUCAUCGUUUUAUUCUAUUGUCAAUUUUGAAAUAUACAAGUAUGUUUACUGAACAUAAUCUACUCCAGCUAUGGUUCGAUCGUUUGAUACUUCAUCCACUCAAUGCAUUCUGUUUUCAACUCAUCGAACAUUCUGUUUGUCCUACGACUACACUUGCAACUUAUGUACAACAUGCCAAUGAAACACAAGUUCAACAAGUUCUCAAUUGUAUUCGAUUCGAUUUAGCUCAAGAAUAUAUUCCUAUCUUAUUAACAAUUCUGGAAUCAUUAGCUAAAAGUAUUCAUACACAAAAAUAUCUUUUUCGAUCGGAUGAUCUUCAUCAAACUAUUCAAUCAUGGUUACAAUUGAUUACUCUACCAUCGACUAUCAUUCGACUCAUUGAAUUACUUCUCGAUAUUGGCUACUCAAAAUAUAAUAAACAUACAGUCGAUAUUGCUCAGUUCUUUCUCAAUGACUAUUCUUCUACAUUGAUGUCGAUCAAUUUCGAAAGUAAUAGUCCUUUUGCUUACAUUAUUUUAUUUAUAUCUUCAAUUGGAAAUAUUGAUGAUAUGAAUACAAUCGAUACAAAUUCGAUCGGAGAACGACUUAUGAAACUUUUAUUUAAAAGUGUCGAUGAAACAAUCCAUAGUGAUAAUAGUCCAAGUUCAUCUCAUUUACUUAGUCUCAGUAGAGAAAUUGUCAAGGCUCAAUCACGUACUAAAAUGAUUCCACUUCUUUCAUUAUUUGUACCUGAUCUUAUGGGUCUAUUAGGUCGUACCGGUCAAUUGAAAAAAGCUGGUAUUACUUUACUCGCUGAAAUCUUAGAUUUAUCGGCAAAUGAACGUUCUGUAUUGACGGGUAAUGUUCAACAUGAAUCAAUAACAGACAAUGAUAAUGAAUUAUUUACUGAAAUUCAACAACAACAAACAUUAUUCUUCAGUAGUGAACAAUCAAAUACAUCGAAAAUUGUACGUGUACGACAUGAAGAUUUUCUCAAAGCUCAUAAACUUCUAGAAAACUUGAACAAAGCACAACCGAACAAAAUCGAUCAGAUUCUUCGAUCUCAUCUAUCAUACACACGUUCUAAUGCAUCAGUCGUCAAUGAUCAAGAAAAACGAGAUCGACUUGUUCUUACUGAUACAGCACGUGAGAAUGUCUCGAAAGUACUUGAAGUACUUGAUGAUCCUAUUCCAAUCUUACUCGAAGGAAGUACAGGUGUUGGCAAGAGUGCCAGUGUCAUGGAAGCAGCUCAUCAAUCAGGACAUAUUCUCAUACGUUAUAAUAUGUCAUCACGUGUUACAAUCGAUGAUCUACUUGGUAAAAUAGCGCUAGUACUUGAUGAACAAUCUCAAACAACACGUUUACAAUUUGUUGAUGGACCAUUUACUACUGCAUUUACACACGGUUAUUGGAUACUUUUUGAUGAACUCAAUCUGGCUCAAGAUACGGUACUUCAAGCUAUCGAAUCAGCUCUUGAUACACGUCAAUUGAUCAUUCGUAAUGCGAGUUCUGCUCAACAAUCAGUUGUCGUACAUCGAAUGCAUCCAGAUUUUCGAUUAUUUGCUACACAAAAUCCAAAUACAGGCUUUUUUAAAGGCAAACGAGAAAAAUUAUCUCCAUCAUUUCUUAGUCGUUUUCGUCCACUUAUAUUCAAAGAAUUACCUGAUUGUGAAUGGCGUGAAAUCGUUCAACAACGACUAUCAUUUUUUAUACCUGAUCAAGCUGAAGUUUUGGCCGAACUUCUAGUAUCACAUUUCAAUGCUAGUAUAAAGAAAGCUCUAAAUGAUUCUACACAGACAUAUAUCGAAACUGGUCCCUAUGCUGAAAUUUCAAUUCGUGAACUUCUCAAAUGGGUCGAAUUACUUAUCUGCUGGCAAAAACAGAAUGUUUCAUGGUCUCAUGAUGUAACUUCUCGUCUUUCUUUUCUCAGUUUCAGUGCAUGGUGUGUCUAUGGUGCACGAUACCGUGCAGCAGGUCGUAUUCUAAUCGAAAAUAUUCUAACUGACAAUGGCAAAGGUGGUUGGGGACGUCCAGCUCUACACAGUAUCAAAAUGUCUAUUGAUCAUAAUCAGAAUUAUGUCUACUUCGAUAAUAUUCGCUAUCCGAUUCGAUUAGAAUUAGAUAAUGAUGAUGAUGCAAGAAAAGAAUGGAUAUCAACAUUUACUGCAGCCAAUCUUGAAACAGCCGAUUAUGAUCAAAAUAUAUGGAAUCUAGCUCUUAAAUUACAUGUAACUAUCCAUAGAGUAUUAAUGACAAAUGAAUUUAUUCAUUUGCAUGGUAUCUAUCGUAUUGAUCGUUCUUGGCUUUGGGAAUGGCUUAUCUCAGCAGCUCGUUUAAAUCUUCUUGGACAACGAAAAGAUUUCAUAUAUCAUGGCUGUAAGAUGUAUCAAAGUCGUUUUCGUCAUAUUCAAGCACAAGAAACAAUUCGUAAUUGUUUCAAUCAAAUAUUUAACGAUUCUGAUUUGACACGAAAAAUUACAUCUGAUGAUGUUUUCAUACGACCAGAAAUGCCCUAUGUGCUUACCGAUCGUGUAUUGUCAACAAUCAAACAAGUAUGUUUCAAUAUGAAUAUUAAACAACCGAUUUUAAUUACGGGAGCUGAAGGAUGUGGUAAAUCAGAACUUUUAUUGACGUUAGCUUGGUUCUGUGGUCAACAAGUACAUCAAUUGAAUAUUACUCCUGAAACUGAACCAUCAGCUCUCGUUGGUCAACUUAUUCCAAAUGAUAACAAAGAUGAAAAUGAUCCUAAUUAUGGUAAAAAAUUGAUUUGGCAACAUGGAUGUGUUACUCAAGCAUAUAUUAAUGGUCAAUGGGCACUUCUAGACAAUCUUAGUUCGGCUGAAUCAUCAGUACUUGAACGACUUAAUCCUGUUCUUGAACAAAAGCCUAUGCUAAUAUUAACAGAAAAAGGUGAUGUUAAUGAACAACCUAUGCAUGUAAAUUAUCAACUUGUAGCCACAAUGACACCACCAGAUGCUCGUUAUUCAUCACAAACUAGUUCGAGUAGUUCGACCAAUGAACUUUCACCAGCACUUUACAAUCGUUUUGCUGUUAUUCAUAUGGAAGAUCUGUCAUUCGAUAUUAUUCAUGAUUCACAAGAAUUAAUUCUCAUUACUAAAGCACUUCUAUCUGAUGAACCUACUAUUGAUCAUACAUUGGUCAUUGAAUUAUGUCAAACAAUUCUUUCGUUUUAUAAAUCUAAUACGAAGAAUUUUCCUAAGUUUACUUUACGUAAUAUUAUUCGAUUGCUUGACAGUAUCUAUCUUCUUCAGUUAAGAUUCAAAUCGACACUUGAUUUCAUCUCCAGUCUAUGGACAGCUUAUCAUGUAACAAUUGCCAAUCAAAUUAAAAGUGAAGAACUUCGAAAUCAAAUUACUAAUCAAAUCAAACAAUUACUUGAGAAAGAUCGAUCAACAAUCGCACUUCAUCAACCAAAAUUCACUGAUUGGAUUCAUGAGAGCACUGAACAUAUCUUAACUGAAAGUCGACUAAAUUACGCAAAUGCAGUAUUAGGUGCUGUAGCAUGUAACAUUCCUCUUCUACUUGAAGGGCCAGCAGCAGUUGGUAAAACAGCACUUAUUUCCUAUUUAUGUAAACACAUGAAACCACAAACAUUAAAUAAUACUUCAAACACAACAAUUCAACUUGAACGAGUCAAUAAUACAGAUACAACAACGAUUCAAGACUAUCUUGGUACAUUUCUACCUUUCAAUGAUGGUUUUACUUUUCAGAAAGGAGCUCUUUAUAGAGCUAUGGAGAAUGGUUGGUGGUUUCUUGCCGAUGAAUUUAAUUUGGCUGAUCCAUCAGUUAUGAAUAUGUUAUUUCCAUUACUUGAAGGUAAAAAUAUCAUUACCAUUCCAUCAAGUGGCAAAAUAAUCAAGGCUAAAUCCGGUUUUCAAUUUUUUGCAACACAAAAUGAUGCUUCAUAUGCUAAUCGACAUCAACUACCUGUGUCAUUACGAAAUCGUUUUCUUGAAGUUCAAUUCGGUGAAUUUCCAAAAAAUGAACUACCAGAAAUUAUUCGAAGACGUAAUGAAAUUGGAAAACAAAAACCAUUAUGUUUAACAGAUGCAUCGACUUCUCAACUUGCCGAAUUCUAUCAUCGAGUUAUUCGCACUCAAUCACGUAUUACAUUUCGUGAAUUAGUGAAAUGGCUUCAUCGACAUGCUCUGUUUUCAUCUGAAAAAGAACUUUGGCCUAUUGUUGGUGCUUCGCUUUUGGGUGCCAAAUAUCCAGUCGAUUCUACUAUGCGACAAAUACUUCUCAAUGAUCUACAAUCAAUCUGGUCUAAAAUUCGUAUGUCACCCAAUCCACAGAUCGAAGUUAAAGAAAUCGGUGGACAAGUUCGUUUUCGGGAAGGUGAACUCUAUGUCGAUAUACCAAAUAUGAGUUUAACUGACAGUCUAGUUCUUACAUCACCUGAAACAUUUCAUCGUUCGCUUGUUCGUCUUGCUCUAGCCGUUCAUGCCAAAGAACCUGUUUUGCUCAUUGGACCAACUUCAUGUAAGACAUUACUUGUAGAAACAUGGACUCGACUUUCAAAUCGAUCGAAUGAACUCGUCAAAGUACAUUUGACACCAGAUACAGAAGCUAGUGAUCUAAUUGGUGAAAUUCAACCUUAUUCGUUUCUUGAUCUACUUAAACGAUUACCAAGUAUGGCUGAACGUGUUUAUAUUCGUUUUCGAAGUCUUUGUCGACAUCAUAGUACAACAGGUGAAGUAACAAUUAAUGAUGAAAUUUUUCUUAAAAAUCUACGUGAUAUCAUUACCAGUCGACUUCCUGAUGCCAUUCAAGAAUUUGAAAUAGCCUAUACACGUGAUGAAGAACAUCGAAAACAAAACAAUGAUCUUCAUGAUAACUUUACAGUACUUCGUGCACAAGCUGAAGCUAUACUCUUGCCAAUAUCAUCUAUUGAAAUUCUUGCUGAGAAUGAGAAAGAUAUGGAAUCGACUAUAAGUCUACCAAUCUCUUCUUCUCAAAUGAGACCAACAAUAAACACAUCGUUUCCUAGUUUCUACGAAUUGGAUGAUUCCUAUGAUACUUCAUAUCAACCUGAUAUGGGACAAGUCUAUUCAGACGGAUCCUUUGACAUGAUGGAUGAUGGAUUUGGAAAUUAUAACGAAAAUUUCAAUCAUCGAGAUGUAUCAACCAUAGGUACUAGCACUACAACAACAGAUUAUUUUGAUGAUGGUUUUGGGCAACCAGCACCUCCACUAAAAUCAAAUGUUCCAUCGCAAGAACACGUGUAUGAACUUGAUGAUGGCUUUGAUCAGUCAGUAUCUUCAUCGCGAUUGAAUGUUUCAUCAGAAGAAACUAUUUUCGAAUUAGAUGAUGGAUUCGAUGUACUUGUUCAUGUGGAAAAACCCGAAAUUCUAUCGGAAUCAGAGAAAGAAUCAAAGGAUCAACUACAACCGAUGAUACUUGAUGAUGGCUUUUCUAACAUGAUAAACGCAACAACAGCAACAAUGACUACUACUACCGAAUCAAUUCUACCAUCUACUACACAUUCGAAUCCAGUCUAUGAAAUAGAAUUUCCCGAAAAACUGAUGAUUACUAUUGAGGAAAUUCAUGAUGAAUUCAAAAAAAUGCUUCAACAGACCAAUUAUGCUUCAUUUACAGCCAAAGAUGCAACAUUACGUGAUUAUCAAUCGAAAUUCAAUGAUGUCUGGGAACGUCUAACAUCACGUAAUUUCGAUCGUACGAAACCAAUAUUUCUCUUCAAUGAUGGACCAGUAACUAUGGCAGCUAAACGAGGUGGUAUUCUCUUUCUUGAAGAUCUCGAUCUACCAAGUCAAGCAGUAAUUGAACGAUUGAAUUCUAUGCUCGAGCCAAGUCCUACUUUUGCACUUACUGAAGAUAUAACAAGUCAUGCUGAAAAAGGUCAACUUGAUAUAACAUUAUCGAAUCAAUUUCAAAUUUUUGCUAGUGUUCAUCAAGAACAAGCUCAUCAAAUACUCAAAUUGAGUCCAGCUACACGUUCAAGAUUUACAGAAAUUUAUAUUCCAGCUUAUGUCGAAAGAGAUCUUCAAAUACUUGUUAAAUCAGAAUUAAACAAACAUAAAGUACACAUCAAUCAAAUUGAUUCACUUGUUGAAAUUAUGUUUUCUUUACGUCGAAAAUUACGUGAUGAUCCUGAAUGGAAACUUGAUAAUGAUAUUCAAUUAUUAUUUCGUUGGACUGAUUUCAUUACUAGUCAUCAUCCAUCAAUAUCUCUUGUUGAUCGUCUUUUUCUUGGUGCUCGUUUCUUCUAUUUUGAUCAAUUACCUUUGUCAAGACAUAUUUUUCUUUUCGAACAAUGGCGUAAAAGUUUAUCAACAGUGAAUAAUUAUCAUGAAUAUGACGAUAUCUUCAGAGCUCCAACAGAGUCACAUGGAGCGAUCACUUUAGAAUCGCUUAGAUCGGUUGAUGCAGAGGAAGAAGCAAUAUUUCCAUUUGAAGUAGGUCGUGGAUAUGUAGCAUUACGUUAUACUGGUGUUCGAUAUUCUUCUGAACAUAUUGAUGAACAAAAUCAAGUAACACAAUUGAAUGAUCUUCGUAAACGUUUCUAUUGUGUUCCAACACCGACAAUGAUCAAUCAAAUAGCACGAAUAUUUGCAGCUACUUCGUCGAAAACACCACUUCUACUCGAAGGUCCACCAGGUAUUGGAAAAACUCAAGUAGUUACACAAGUCUGUUCAUUACUCAACAAACAAUGUGAACGAAUUAAUUUAUCAGCAAAUACAUCACUUGAUCAAUUGAUUGGUUGUAUUAUUCCUCGAUUUAUCAAUGGAGUACGCAUUUUUCAAUGGCAAGAAGGUCGAGUUUUAUCAGCAAUCAAAGCUCAAAAAUGGAUUCUUUUCGAUGAACUCAAUUUAGCUGCACCUGAAGUACUCGAAGGUCUUACACCUUUGUUUUAUCGAGAUACAACACAAUUUACUGUACCAACAACAGGUGAAAUAGUUGAUAUAAAAAAUGUUCUUAUAUUUGCUACGAUGAAUCCAUCAAUGAUUGGUGGUGGUCGAAGUAAAUUGCCUCGUUCAAUCAGUAAUCUAUUUACUAUUGUUCAACUUGAUGAUUAUUCACAAAAAGAAUUACGUAUUAUUCUCAAUCGUUUAUUUGUUCAUGAUCUAGAUGAAAAAAAUAUUAAUAUGGAUCAACUCGAUGCUUUAUUUCAAACACAUACAUCACUUAAAGUACUUGUACGACAAGGUACACUUGGACGAACAGGUGGACCAUAUGAACUUAAUUUACGUGAUUUAUCCAAAUUUCGAGAUAUAUUUCGUGGUUCAAUCGAUAGUCAACUAUUUCAUUAUCAAUAUAUGAAUACGAAUGAUGAUGAAAAUCAAGAAAAUAAGACAACAGAAGAAUUAAAUCCAUCUAUGGACACAUCUGAUGCUCGAUUUUUAUCAAUUCGUAAAUUUGCUCAAGUUGCUUAUGCAUGUCAAUUUCGAGAUCAAAAUGAUUUUAUUCAAGCUUGUGAAUUAAUUAAUUCAAAAUUUCCGAUCAAUACAGCUUUGAGUAAACGAGAAAAUGAUUGUUCAAUUGAUACAAGUGUAGCAACUGUUGUACGUAUUGGUUCAAUAUAUGUUGGAACUGGAAGAGAAGAACCAUCACCAAUUGAUACUGGACUUAUUCAUACAAAAAAAACUGUUCGUCAAUUAGAAUUACUUGCAGCUGCAUGUCAAUCGAAACGAGCUAUACUUCUUGAAGGUGAUAUUUGUUCUCGAAAAUCAUCGCUUGUUAUGGAACUUGCACGUUUGACACGUCAUCGUCUUAUUAUUAUUCCAUUACAUGAGAAUUUCGAAACAACAGAUCUUAUCGGUUCUUGGCGACCAAGUAGUGAUCAUGAACAUAAUGAUCCAUUAUUCAAUAAAAUUGAUAUAUUAUUUAAACAAAUUAUCAAAAUGCUUUUUCUUAUUAUUAUGCCACUUUUAUCGAAAGCAAGUACAAGUCGAUAUGAAAUAAUUCCAUAUGAAAUUGAAGCUCUUGAUGAAACAAUAAAAUUAUUAACAACAUUAACAAAAAUUUCUCAAAUGUCCAAUGAAAUAAAAGUACUUAUUUCAUGUUAUGUACGUCAAGCUGAUUAUUAUGUUAGUAAAUUGCAACAUACUCGUUUAAAUAUAAAACAAGAAAUUGGUUUUAUAUUUGUUGAAUCUGAAUUUGUUCAAGCUAUUCGUGAAGGUUGGUGGGUUCUUCUUGAUAAUAUUAAUAGUGCACCAGCUGAAGUACUUGAACGAUUAAAUUCUUUAACAGAAGAUAAUCCAAUAUUAUCAUUAUAUGAAAAUUCAAAUGGACAAAUUUUAACACAAUCAAAUGGAAUUCAUUCAAAUUUUCGUCUUUUUACAACAGCUAAUCUCAAUAGAAUCUAUUCGAAUAAAUUAUCAUCAGCAUUUCUUAAUCGAGUUAUUCGUAUUUGUUUACCACCAAUUGAUCAAUGGGAUAUGACAAAUGAAAAUGAUCCAACAAAAAGUGAUUUAUUUGAAUUAAUUUCAAUACAAUUAUCAACAAUACCAGCUGGAAAACAAUUGACACAUUUAUUAAUAUUAAUGCAUCUUAAUGUUAAACAAUAUGUUAAAGAUGGUCAUUUAACUUAUCCAAGUGAUUUUCUUGUUACGUAUCGUCUUCUUGAACAAUGUAUACGUACUUUACGAUAUUUAGUCGAACAAAAUAUUAAUCCAGUUGAUGCUUGUUAUUGGUCUUUAUUAAGAUCUUAUUGUUCAUCAUUACAAAAUUCAUCCGAAUAUCAAUUUUAUCUUAAUCGACUUCAAGAAACAAUAAAAGAUCUUCAACUUUGUUCAAAUUCAACAAUUUAUUCAACAGCAACAGAUCAAUUCGAUCAAAAACAACCAAUUUGGCUUCAACAAACACAAACAAUUCGUUCACAUUUUAUUCAAUUUGAACGAUUUCUUAUUGAAUUAAUUUUAACUAUAAUUCAAUUACUUGCCAAAGAUAGUCAAUUAAAUAAAUUAACUCGUGAUCUUUUAACAUUAUUUAUUGAUGAUAUUCUUCUACCAAUGACACCUACAGAUGCUUAUCUAAUUCAAUUAAAACAAACAUUAAUCAAUGAAAAUGAUAGUCAAUUUGAUUUAUUAAAAACUUUACUUGAAUUAAUUGAAAAUAAACAAAUAACACUUCGUACAGAUUUACAAUAUUCAAUGAGUAUUUCAAAUUUUAUUCAACAAUUUCGAAUAAAUGAAUCUUCAUCAUUUGAAUCAUUGUGUCAUCAAUUAAGUGAAUUAUUAGAUCAUUUUCUAAGUCAAACAUCAUUUAGUGAUACUCAUGAACGUUUAUCCUUUAUUCAACGAAUAAUUUCAAUUAUUGAAAUAUUUGAUCAAUUUUUUAGUUCAUCAAUAUUUAAUUUAUUUGAUCGAAAAACUCAACUUACAGAUUUUUGUUCACAUAUAAAUCAAUAUCUUCGAUCAUUAUUAUCAUUUAAAGAUAAAUGUUCAAUCUUUGAAUUUUUUCAUGAUCCAUCAUUUCUUGAUGCUAAACAACAAUUUCGUAUGCAUAUGUUUCAUAAUUUUGAUAGUGGUCUUAUUUUUUCAUUUGAACAUACACAAACAUUACCAAUUCGAACAUCACGAAAAGAUAUUCGAAAACUUGUUGAAUUUAUUUUAAAAGAUCAAUCAAAUAUAAAUCUUGUUGAACCAAUAAAAUAUUUUUCAACACUCUUAGAAUGGAUUGGUCUUCGAUGGACAUUUGAUGAUUAUUUAUCAUCAACUAUUCGACAAGUUCUAAAGCAAAAUGUUUGUAUAACACAUGAUUUUAUUAUUGAAUGUGAAAUAAAAUUUUCUUGUUGGGAAUUAUGUAAAACAUUAUCAACAAUGAUUGAACAAGUUGUUCGAGAAUUACCUUCUGAAUCAAGUAUAAUUAAUAAUGAUUAUUUACGAUUGAAGAAAGGAUUAGAAACUAAAGAUAAUGAAGUUAAACAAUGUGAAGAAAGUCUUCAACAAAUAAUAAAUCGUAUUGCAAUUAUUUCAGAAGAAAAUUCAUCAACAAAUAGAUAUUCAGUGAUAAGAAUGACAACAGGUAUGAGACCGCCAAUUGAACGUACCACAUCUCUAUACCAAUCAGAAGAUAAUGAUUUGCAAAGUCGAGCAGAUGAACUUAGACAAGAAUUGUCUCAACGACGAACUGAAAGAAAUCAGCUGUUUGAUCAAUUAGUUCGAGUUGAACAAAUUCGUACUACUACUAUCGAUAAAGUAUUAGCCGCACGUUCAAAAUUUCAUGAUGAAAUGAAGAAAAUACAAGAAUCUGCUGCUUUUCAAUAUAUUCGAAGUCGAUUUGAACAAUCUGAUGCGAAACAAUUGGAUCGUUUUUUUCAAAUUUUGAUUGAUGCUCCUAGAAAUCCUAGUUUAAUAAAUAUUGAUGGUCAACUUGAUCUUCAUGCUGUACUUGCAACACCAUUUGGACGUCAAUUAAUCGAACAUGAUGAUAUACUUGAAACACCUUUGAUUCUUUUUCUCUGUGGACUUUUCAUUUAUCCUAAUUUAUAUCAAGGACGUCGUUUACAAAUUAUCUCCAAUUGGAAACAACUUCAAAAUCAAAUCAAUAUUCGUACAUUGAAUCCUUUUGAUCUACUUAUCUAUUGUCCAAAUAAAAAUCCAUUUGAUUGUUGUCUAAUUUCUAUUGAAAAUGGCUCUCAUUCAAUAUUGAUUCAUAUGUUUAGUUUACAACAAGAUAUUGUAACAAAUGAAUUGAAUAUGAUUUUAAAUGAAAUUUUACCUGAUGAAAUCAAAUAUCAAAUUGUACAAGAAUAUUUACCUCAUAUUGAUGGAAUUCUAUCAGAUAAUGAUCAACAAACAUUUGGAUUUGCCUGUCUUUUAUAUUUAUAUAAAAAAAUAAAUACAUCAAUGACAAAUUCAAUAAGUAAUAUCUACGAUCAAAUAAUUAUUAUUUAUGAUCAACUUAAACAAUUUGUUAAACAUAAUGCAAUCGAAAGAAAACCAUUGAUAAUUUUUAUUUAUCAACAAUUUAUUCGAUUAGAAAAUGAAUUUGAAAAUCUUCAAAAACCUAAUCUUAAUGAUGAUUUAUGGAUAACAAUAAUUCAAUCAAUGUGGACAUUUAUAAAACCUUAUCAAGAUUCAUUUUCAUCAGUUAUUGUACAAAAUAUUUAUCAAGAAUUAAAAUAUUCAAUUCAAUCAAUUCAACCACCUGAUCUUAGUAGUUGUUUAACAUCUUUAGCAUUUAUAAAAUCUUUAACAACAAAUUAUAGUUGUGUUCAUAUGAUUGACGAACAUUUACUUAAAAUUGGUAAUUUAAAUGAUAAUAGACGUGUUCAAGAUUUUCAACUUCUAUUUGAUUUUAUUAAAAAAUCAAUUCAUCUUCUCAAAUUAAUCAUUCAACAUGUUACUUUUGGUGGUUAUCAAUUUCCAGAUGAACUCUAUAAAUCUACACCAGAUACAAUUGGACAUCUUGAAAUGAUCUUUCGUUCAACAUUAUCAUUGAUUGAUAUUGUUAAUGGACAUAUAAAAGUUAGUGUCAAACAAUCGAAACAACAAUUUAAAGAAUUUCAAGAGAAAUUAGAUCAAUGUUUAACAAAUCUUCAUUUACCAACUUCUCUUCUCUCACGUUUUGGACUUAUUAAUUUUGUUACUUUUCUAGCACCAUUAUUUGAUGAAAAUCGAGAAGAUCCUUUAUUAAUUAAUUUAGAAUCACAUGAAUCAAAGACAAAUUCAUUUACAAAUAUUGAUCCAAAAGAAUAUCGAAGAAAAACAAUGCAAAGUAAAAUCGAUGUAAAAAUAACUAAUAUUAACAGUUUAUUAUCACGUGCCGGUCAAUUACCACUUCGACCUCAUUAUAUUAUUCAACAUAUACAUCAAACAUUACAUAAAUUAAAAACAUUUGAUAUUGAUCAAGAAAGUGAAACAAGUUUUAAUUGGCUUCUUUCUGAAGAACGAACGUUGACUGAUUUACUUGAAAAUUUUACACGUGAAAUUAAUCAAUAUACAAUAUUUCAUGCUCCAUUACCAAAUGAUCGACCUAUUCAUGAACUAAAUGAAAGUGAAAUUCAAUUAAAUUCAUCUCAUAUAAAAAUAUCUAAUCAUCAAUCGGAUAUAAAAUCUUUUUGUGAAAAUAUUCAUAAUAGUAGUAAAAUUCAUCCAUUCUUAGAAAUGAGUCAAAUUAUUCGAUUAACUCAUGUACAAGUAUCAAAUCAAACAUGGAUACGAGCAAUGUGUCUAUUGACAUCUAAUCAAAAAGAUCAGUUGAAAACAAUUUUAAUUACUCUCAAUGAUGAUUUAACUAUGCAACUUGAACGAAGUUCAAAUAAUAUUGAUAGUGAUCGAACAUUAACUGAUAAUAUUGCUUUGGCUUAUGCUCAAUUUCGAUGUGAUCUAUUAAAUGAAGAAGCUAAUCGUGAUAUGUUAUCAAAUUAUAUUUCUGUUGCUCAUAUUUCAACUGAACUUCAUGAAUGGACAAAAAAGGCAAAUUUAAAUGUAUUUAAUAUGUUAGGAAACAUUAAACGAAUUCAUGAUGAUUUAAAUCUUGCACAAAAUCAAAUGAAAAAUUUUCCAUCAGAUUCUAGUUGUAAUCUUUUACCGGUUGAUAUAAGACCAGAAGAUCUACUUUGUCUUCUUGCGCCAGAACAUACUUCGAUUAUACAAAUGAUUUGUUCAAAAUUCAAUGAUAUCGAAUUAUUUCUCUCAUGUCGUACUGAUAAAGUUGAACCAAUGCAUUUAUCAGCUACAUUAUCAUCCUUAACAGUUACUCAUGGUCUAUCAAGCUAUAUUUAUCGUCAUCAAACAUCGAUGAUAUCUUUAUUUGAUCGUCAAAAACAUAUUCAUUAUAUUGUCAAUGCAACAGUUAAUAUCAUUCAACAAUUGAUUGAUUUAUGUAUUGAUCCACAAAUUCAAGAAAGUCUUCUAAUGAAAAUUUGUACAAGUGUUAAAGAAUUAUUUCCUAUUCAAAUGGCAUUGGCGUUGAUAUUAAUGAUUUUAAUCGAUUGGGCAGCAACAAGUCUUGCUGAUUUUAAAGAAAAUCAACAUUUAUUAAAAUUAACAACACUAAAAAAUGAUGAAAUUGAAUUAUUAAAUAUAAAAACAAAUCUUCAUCAACUUGAACAAGAAGCAAAUAAAUUAGAACAAGAUUUAAAUAAACGUCGACGUGAACGAGAAGAUGCUGAAUUAGAACGUAAUAUAGCUACAAUUGAAGAUCAUUUUCUUGUUGAAAAUCUAGAUAAAAAAGUAAAUGAAUGUUAUCAACGUGAAGAAUCUAUUGGAAAAAGUAUAAAGAAAAAACAAACUGAAAUAACAAUAGUUAAACAAAAUCUUGAACAAUUAACAAAUUCAUAUAAUCAUCAAUUAGAACAAAAACAACAACAAUGGAUGAUUAAUCUUCUAAAUUAUUUUGAAAAAAUCUCUCAAAUAAUUAAAACAUAUAUUAUUAGUUUAGGAAAACGAUCUGAAUCAAAUAUUUCAAUAACGACUGAUCUUAAUACUCUUCUCAAAAUUCCAGUAUCAAUUGCUUAUCGAAGCUUACUUGAAAUAACAAUAACUUUUAUUGAUGAUAGUCAAAUUGAUAGUUUACAAAUAUUCAUAUCUGAAAUAUUAAAUGAUGUUCGAUCUCAUUCAAUGUCUUUAGCUGAAACUGAUCCUAUGCAUUUAUUUAUUUCAUUCUAUUGUGAUGUGAUAAAUAUUUCACUAUCAUCAUUGAAGAAUUCAUCAAAAAGUUGGAAAUAUUAUUCUAAAAUACUUGAAACAUCUCAAAUGAAAUUUUAUAGUGAAAAUAAAAAAAAACAAAAUUUAUGUCAAUUAAAUUUAUCUAUACGAGAACAAUGUUCUUUAUUUCUUAAUCAAAUUCGAACAGGAUAUGAACAAAAUGAUAUUAUAAAAAAUGCUCAAAUUAUAAGUAAAUAUGUACGUAGUGAAGUAAUAAAAUUUGAUACUUUAAUGGCUAAUGAACAAAAUAAACAAGUUCAACAUUUAAUUCGAGAAUUUGAACGAUUUGUUAUCUAUUUACUUGUUGCUGGUUGUCAUUAUUUACAAUUACAACGUGGAAUACGUGAAUCAAUUGAUGAUAUUUUAAUAGGUAUAACAACAGAAACAAUUGAUUUAUCACAAUUUCCACGUACAGAAAUUGAUCUACUUAAUUUAUUAGAUCGAUAUGAAAUACAAUUAAAAAGUCAUAGUGAUACACUUUUAUUUCUUCCAUUACAUCUUUGUUUUGCAUUCAAUUCAAAUCCAUUUAAUCUUUUUGAUCAAAUUGAACGUUCACUUCAAAUUUUAAUACAAUUUAUUUUACCAUCUGUUUUUCUAAUUGAACGUACAUGGUCAACAAUUGAUAAAUUACUUGAAAAAAUUUCUCAAAAUCUAACUGAUAAUGAAUAUCUUAUUCUCAAUGAUCUAUGUAAUAAAUUCUUAUAUUUAACAAAUGAAUCAUGUAUAAUAAAUGAUCAAGGUGAUUUUGUAUCUAAACAACUUCAAACAAAUUUAUUUGAAUGUUUAUCAAAAUUAAUUAAUAAUUUAUGUGAUGAAUUAUUAAAAAAUCGAUUAAAUAUGAAAUUAUUUUGUGAUGAUCUUAAUCAACGAUGGCAUUUAACAAUGAAAGAAAUGUUUCGUGGAUUUAUUAAAACACAAAAAUUUCAUAUUCAUCGACAACUUACAUGGAAUCAACGUAAAGUUAAACAAAUAAAUAGUUCAUUAUUUUCAUCUGAAAUCAAUGAUACACUUCGAUUAGCAGAUAUUGAAAAAAUUCUUCAACGAAAAAAUACCAUUCUUCAAUCGAUUAAUUUAAAUCAACGUUCAAAAUAUUUAAUGAAUCUUUAUUAUCUUCAAACUAUUUAUCAAUUGACAAUUGGUGGUAUUGAUAAUUUAGAAUUAAUCAUUAUGAAUAUGCCAAUGGAAAAUAUGGAUUAUGAUCUUUAUUUUAAAUUACUUUAUUCAACACGUGAUAUCUAUAAUUUAAGUGAAAAAUUACUUCUUGAACAACCUCUUAUGAAUUUUAUUCAUCAUAAUCAACAGAUUGAAUUGGCUUUUAAAUUACUUGAAAAUAUAUAUCGACAAGAAUAUAGAAUUUUUCAAGAUUUUUAUAUUGUAUCCAAAGAACAAGUAGAAAAUAGUUCUAAUGAUUUAUGGAGUUCAAUUGAUUUUCAUUCACUUGUCAAACAAGUAACAGAAGCUAAUGAACAAUGGAUCAAUGCUGGAAAAGAUUUUAUACAAUUACGUCGAAAAGUUCGAACAAACGAUGAAGCUCUUAUCAAAAAAGUCAAACGAAAAUUAAUGAAUUUUGGACGAAGUUUAAUUUCGAUUUUUUCAUCCAAUACUUAUAAUGAUUUUGAUGAAUGUUUUGCUGUGUUACUUCAAGACAUUCUCUUAUAUAUGCAAUCACAACAACAUGGUAUACAUGGAAUUUUUACUAUGGCAGAUCAAGGUGAAUUAAAUAAAAUAAUUGAUCUACAUAAAAGAUAUCAAUCAUCACAUAAUCUUGCACUGUUGAAUAAAGAAUUAUUUCCAACAUCUGAAAAUAUAUUUCUUUUACAAAUCGAACGUUUAAACAAAUAUUUGAAGGAAAUUUAUAUUUCGUUUUGGAAUUCAAAUAAAGAAAAAUCUCCAUGUCUUACUUUAACCAUCUCAUUAAACAAUGCAUUGACAAAGAUUUGUAUUGUUCUUAGAACACAAAUAACACAUUUAGCCAUUCAUAACUUUGAUAUUAGUGGCAUGAAAAUGAGAUGGUCAACACUUGUUGAUAAUCAAAUACCAUAUCAUAUAAUAAAUAAUUUGAAAUUAACAUGUCAACCAAUUUAUCAAAAAUAUUGCUUUACAGUAAAUGGCGUUGCAAGUGAUUUGAACAUAUCAACCAUUCCAUCAAUUGGUGAUUUACAAAAUAGUUUACGUGAAUUAGAAGAACAACUCAUUGUUCAAAAUCAACAACAUAAAGAAGAAGAAGAAUUUCAAUCAUCACCUAUUACUCGAGCAAUUCAAACAUUGACUAAUCAUAUGAAAGAAAUUCUUCCGAUGAUAAAUUGUCCAAAACUAAGUCCAAAUGAUUUAUCAACUCCUUCGAAUAUCUAUCAUCUAUUCAUGCAAUUACCACAAGUUGAUGUACUAAAGAAAAUCUUCGAUCUAUUAGAUAUCAAGGAAUUUGCAUCGAUUUCACCAUUAAUACAAUUCGUUCAUGAUGACGAUCCAGCAAUAAGACUUUAUUUUCAGUCUGUACAAACUUAUUCAAUGGAAGCAGCUUUUAGUUCAAGUCGACAAUGUCUAUUAGAUGCUAAAGCUCAAUUACAACAUUUCAUCAAUAAUUUACACUUGAAUCGAGUACAUCUGGUUCUAACUUAUGCAUGGACUAAUGCUCUUUCGACUCAUGGAUCUUCGGAUACUCAACAAGAAUUUUCUACUAUGUUGAAUGAAUGUACACAGUUGAGUCAAAUACCAAUGGAAAACAAUCAAGAAAAUGUUCAACAUUUGAAUGAAUGUCGACGAGUAUUGAAAGAUGCACAACGUAUCUUUCGAACAAUUAAACGAACAACAAAUAAUUGGAUUGAAAUCAAACGUCUCAUAAGUUUAUCAUCGUUAACUAUUGAGGAUAAUUUCACUAUGGCAUUUAUUCAUUCAGAAAUGAGUCGUGAUGCUCAUUUAUGGUUGAUUGAAACAAUGUAUAAUGAUGAUAUAUCAACUAGUCUAACAUGUCAUCCAAAAAAGGCUAUCCUUGAUUUUGGUAGUACACUCAGUGGUAUUCAUCAACGAUUGACUCAACGUAUAUUUAUUCAUAAUCAUACUGAUCGAGAUUUGAACUUACGAGUUGAUCGAACUAUUACGGAUGAUACUGCAUUCGAUGUGACGAAUGAAAAUGUACAAGUUAAUGCUGGUCAUAUGUGUGAAUUUGAAAUAUUCUUAAGACCACCGGCAACGAUUGGCUCAUUCAAUGAAAAUUGGAAUCUUCUUAUCGAUAAUACAAUUACUCUUUCGAAUGUCAUUCAAACUCAAAUUCAAAUUGUCGAGAUCGAUGUCGAAAAAUCAGCUGAUACCAUUGAUUUUGGUUUUGUAGCCUGUAGUAAUAAUCGAAUCGAGAAAACAAUCGAUCUGAAAAAUGUUCUAACAUGUCCUGUAUGUAUAAAAUCACAAUUACAAGCAACUGAAAUCAAUCAACGACAAUCUCACUUGCUUAUUCUCAACAAUGAAUUUGAUUUACCAGCUAAUUCAAUUUUACCUUUUGGUAUCGCACUUGAACCAACAGAUAACAUCGAAGAAGAUAUCGAUGCAGAUGUUUGUCUGGCGAUCAAUUCAGCUAAAAAUCUCAAAUGGAUAAAAGUAUUUGCACAUGUUCGACGUUUACAUCUCGCAGUCAUCUAUCAAGGACGUACUUAUAUUGAAAAAAAUUCGUUAGAUCGUGUCUUGAUUGAUGAUUUCUAUAAGGGUGAGAAACGUAUUAUUUCUACUGAGUUUCGAAAUGAUGGACCAAUCGAAUAUACACUUCGUCUUUCCUCAACUAAGCUCAUUCUUACAAUGCCUGAAGUCAAUCUACCUGUAAACACGAUGAAAACAGUUCCAAUUGAAAUACAAAUGUCUACAAAUCCUCAUCAAGAAUUUGUACUCUUCAUUGAUUUUGUUAAUAAUAAACGUCAAUGUCAAUUAACAUUUGACUGUCAAACAGCUGAAGCUAAAUUGACUUAUUCAACACGCACAACUGAUAUUAAGAAAAUUAUUACAAUUGCACAAUCGGUUCAAAUGCAACAAAUCUGGAAUGCAGAUCGUCAUCAAUUACUACCUAUUGAACAUGAAAUUACAUUCAUGAAUGCGAGCAAAGCUGCUGCUACUUUGAGCUACAGACGCAUUGUAUCAGCACAAGAUCCUCGAACGCCUUUGGGAUCACAAUUUCAUAUUGAACCUGAUAAUCUUAUCAUUCCACCACAAUCGAAAGUACCUGUUCGCUUUCUUUACCAUCCCGUUGAUUUAGGAAAGUUCGAUGUUCAAGUAGAAGUACAAACAAAUACUUCCAUCGAUUCGAUUAGUAUUCCGUAUUAUGUUGAAUUUCAAACACCGAUCUUACAAACGAUACCACGAACUGUAAUCGAUAUUGGAUUAAUACAAACUGGAAAGAUCUUCAAAGAAAACAUGGUGAUCAUAAAAAACAUUGGACAAAGAGAACUUCGCUUUGUCAUAUCGGAUCCUAUUCGACCAAAACCAUUUGUCAAAGUAGUCGCUCUACAAGAAUCAUCAACUAUUUCAACACCUUCAUCGAUUAAUCAAACCCUACGAGUCAAUCCCAAUCAACAACGUAUAUUUAGUAUUAUGAUCGAAUGUGAUGUAAUUGACAAUAGAUCCAUAUCAGAGAUAAUUGGACUUGUCGAAUUUGAACUAAUAAGUAUAUGUGAUCCAGUAAUCGAUAUCAAUGGGACACUAGUCAAUCGCACUGUAACGAUAGUUGUCGUUGGGCAUACGUUACCAUUACGUGACUUUGCCUUACCGAAAGAUCUCAAUCCAAAUUUAUGGUGCAAACUUCAACUGUUGCCUUCAUCGUGGUUGUAUCAACUCUGUCGAGAAUAUACAGUUCAUAGUUCUUAUACUUCAUUAGUGGCGCUCACAGCCAUUGCUCAUGUCUGCGGAUCACAAAAUACGAAAGAUUCAUUACCAAAGACCAAGGAUGAAUGGUCUAUGUUCUGCAUGCAUCUCCCUCGUGAUAGACAACGAACCAAUAAGGAUUUGCUUACACUUGAUUUAUUCAGUGAUGAAACUACUGUGAACACAGCCAUUGACACAUUAGUCUCACUACUUCGAUCUUCAUUUACAAAUUAUCGAUCAUUCUUUUAUCAUUCGAGUUUAUUUCAUCGUUCGUUUUCAAAUAAUGAAUCUAUUCGAUUACAACUAUUUGCUGUAAUAAAUUCUGCAGCAAAUAUCGAUGAAGCUUAUGCAAUGCAGAGCUAUUCAGCAAAACUAUGGAAUAUCUACGAGAAGUGUUCAUCUGAUGAUGCUUUUCGACAAGCCAUCGAGUUCGUACAUCAAUGUAUUAGUAAUGAUUGUGCUAUACCAGAAAGUAUCCGUAUUUUUACCAAAUUCAUCCAUCAGAUAGUUCAACCUUCAACAACAGUCGAUGUUGCACAACACUUGUUGACUGUGAUUCCAUCCAAGAGUUCUUUUGGUGAAUUGAUGAUGAUAUCAACCAAUCCAUCAGAUCUUAAAUUAGCUUUAUUCUUUGCACAUUUUAAUGAUCAUGUAAAAGAAAUAAUAAUCAAAUUGAUCAAAAAUGAUUGGCAAGCGUUACUUGAUCUACAUUUGAUGUUGAUCGAACAACAAAAUCCUAUAUCAGUACAACGAUCACUACUUGAAGCAGUUAAAAGUAUGCAUACUUUAUGGAACUCAUUGAAUAUCAAUAUAAAAUCUGAUUUACUUGGAUCACUCUUCACUGAUUACACACAGUUUAUUCCAAUUCUUAAACAAGCAUCGAACAAGCAACGAGUUCAAUUAAACGAUCUGUUGACAAUAACAGAAAUAAUUUUUAAACGCUUUGAACCAUCACAAACAUUUUACUUGAUUCGAAAUGUUUUCAAAGAGACCUAUUAUUACGGAAUCUCUCAAGCACUAAAUUCUUUUUCUUAUCUGCCUUAUCCACCAUCUAGCCAUCUUGUUUCACAAAUUCUUGAAUUUCGACGAACACUAAUUGGUGAUGUGAGAAAUCCUAUGAUUCAUACAGAAAAUAACGAGACAUUCUGCGAUAUACUUCGUCAACUUGUUUUAGUCACUGCCUCUCAAUGGACUUUCAUCAAGAAAUCCAUCAACGUUGCCUAUCAUCUACUUUGUGAUAUAGGUGAUAAACAUAUAACUCUGGUAUCUGUUAUUGCUCAAGUUCUUUCUCUUCUCGAUACUCUCAAUCCUGGUAAAAAUUGGUAUAAUAUCAGACAAUCGUACAUGCAUCUCUGUUCGACACCAACAUGGGAAACAAUGCUCAAAUUCAUUGAUGUUCUUGACUGUCAUCAAGAAGCUGUUCAUCUUACACAAGCUUUGACUGAUGCCGCUACAGAAGAAACAAUGGCUGAAACGAUCUUAAAACUUUGUCGUCUUGUUUCAACAAAUGACGAACUAAAGUCACUUAAUGCACAUGAACCUUCGAUUCGUCAACUUUCAUCGAACAUAUUACCAUCAUCAUCAACUGAUUUCUUCGAACGAAUUCAGUCUCUUACUCCACCAGUAAUGCAACAGAAGAUGCAUGCUUACCUAACUUUACUGCGCUUAUCAUCUCAUUCAAUACUAGACGAAGAAAGUCAACAUCUUCUAUUCGAUAAUAUUGUUGCAUCAUGGUUGACAUUGUUCGAUAUUAAUUGUGCCAAAUCUCUUCGAUUUUUCAGUGUUAUAUCGUCUAUUUUGACAUCAUUUCUCGGUCUGGUGUCUACUAGAGACAUUGCCUUUAGUCAACAACUCUAUACGACGAGUCUAGCAUCAGCACUUUGCAUUCUUGCAAAUUGUCGUCAAAAUACUCGUGAAAUAUUCACCAUCAAUUCAUCAAUUGGAUCUACAAUCAAUUCUUCAUCUAUUAUCACAGCUAUUCGUGAAAGUCUUACCAAACGUAUUUAUGUUCAUCGAAUUCCAUCAUCGAACACUGAUCAGACAAUAUCUGCUUCAUCCUCAGUACCACAAACAGUACUCACUAGAAUGACAUCAAUCGAAUGUCCUUAUUCUGAUGAGACACUAACAAAAAUGGAAAUAUCAGUAUUGAAUUAUAGUAAAAAUCUUUCUCAAUCAUCGAUUGUCUUUGUUGAAUCUGAUACUGUUCGUGAUAUUGUCGAUGCAGCACUUGUCACUCGAACACAGGUUACUCAGUGGUAUGCAAAUUUUAUCACUUUCAAUGUACUUGUGCACUAUCGAUCGAAUUCAAAUGACUUAAAUCAAAUCAAAGUAGGUCAUGAUAUUAUUCAAUAUGGUCUUCAACUACUUCGUCAUCUUUUUAUUGCAAGAAAAAUUCUUGAACCUACUUUUGCUCAUGUUGGUGUUCGAUUUUUGAUGAAAGAAUUAAUACAAAUAGAAAAAUGUUUACUUUCGUUAGCUCUUGAAAAGUAUCCAAUGAUGCUAAAGGCUCUACGUCAAUUGAAUGUUGAUGUCAGUCGAAUUAAAGUUGACUUCAAACCUCCUUCAAAUUCCAUUGCUCCAAAAGGUCGAUCUUCGAAUAAAUCGAAAUUUGAUAUUCUUCCACAAAUAAAUACUGCUCCAGAAUUUAUAGGACCGACAAGUGGAUCUGUACCUGUAAUCAAUAAUAACGAUGAUGCACCAAUAACAUUCGAUGAUUGGGAAAGUGCAAUACGAACAAGCAAUAAUGAACAGUUACAAGAUACUUUGAAAUUAGCAAAGAAAAAACAAGAAAAAAAAUUAAAAACAAAGAAAAAACAACUUGUCAAUUCAAACUUUCAAACAAAUGUUCAAAAUUUAGCAACUGGAAUGUUGGAUCAAAAUACGAACAAAACAGAAGUUACUUCUAUAAGUAGUGGAACAACUCAGAGUGAUAUAUCUCCAGUCGAUAUGAGUUUAAAUCAAGAGAUUAGUAUUGAUCUACAAAUGAAAGCCAUGCAUGAACAUUUGCAAAAGCAACCAAAUCUGAUUGAAAUGUAUGAAAAAGCCGAUUCUAAAGUUGCUUCAACUGUACCCGAUGGAAAACUUGAUAAUCGCUCUGUUCUAAAGCCAUCAGAGCAGCAUCAACAAUGGACUUAUCAAUUACUUGUUGAAGUACCAGCCAUUUCACGAAUGAUUGAUCUCAUCGUGCAAGAAUUUCGUUCUCAUUGGGAAAAACUUGAUCUUCUUGAUGAACAUGAAAUUCGCUGGUGUAUCAUGAUCGAUAAUUCAGGUUCAAUGAGUAUUCAUCGAAAUGCCAUUUAUGAAGCUCUUGUUAUUAUCAUGGAGUUAUUACGUAAACUUGAAAGGAAAUUUGCUGUUGCUCGAUUCGGUACACGAACAAAUCAAAAAAUUUUGAAAAAUCUCAAUGAUCUUUUUACUAAUCAAGAUGGACAAUAUGUUCUUGAAGCAUUAACCUUCGACGAAGGAACAUAUCCUGCAACAGGAUUAGCACGUAUUGCUGAUCGUGUCUUUCCAGUUGUAGAAUCAGAACAAUCAUCAACUACAAUUGUGCAUCGUCUUGUUCUCAUGAUCACCGAUGGUUUAACACAAGAACGAGAUGAUGCUAGUUAUUCUCGUACGAUUACAAAACAUAAAAUCAAUCUUGGUUUUAUGUUCAUCGAAACAGUCGAUCAGAAUAGCAGUCAAGUUCUACUUAAAGGUUUAACACAAGCACAAAGUUGUAUUCUCAAAGCAAACAAUAUUACUGAACUUCCUCUCAAAGUACCUCAACUUAUGCAUGAAAUGAUCAAAGCUUGUCUAACAAAAACAUCUUCAUCAUCAUUAUUAGAACAAACUAUGAAAGAAUUACCAACGAUAAAUAUCAGAGUACCAACUAUCAAUGACGUUACAUUUGUUCAAGAUGUUGCUAAUGAAAAACAAUCCUAUAUUGCAGCCAAUCCAACUUCAUACACAAUUAGUAGUCCAAUAGCCAACAUUCCAAAAUUAGCUCAAAUUCGAUCACAAUUAACAAGUUAUUUAUCACGUUCAAAUGAAUACACUGAUUAUGCAUCUCAUGCCGUUGAUUUACUUCGUCAAUAUUAUCAUACACUUAAAGUCACAUCUACUAUGCAAGAUAUAGAAAAGAAAUGGAUCGGUGAUGAAUAUCGUUUUUCAGGUUUGAUCGAUGAUCUAUCGACUGUUCUUGGUGAUCUUGUCUUUCCACUUAAUAAAUUUACACGUCGUCGAGCAGCAUUACGUGGUUCAUCAUUGUAUUUACCUGGUCUAAUCAAAGCAAUGACUACUGAAUGGAAUUAUAAGAAAAUUUUCAGUGCCAAAUUAGCAGGUGGUAAACGAGAUCAUGCAAUGUGCCUUGUCAUUGAUGUGUCAACUUCUAUGUUCGGUACACUUAGUAUUGGUACAAUAGAUACAAUUGUUAUACUUAUUGCUGCUCUGCGUAAACUCAGUCUAGAGAAUUUUGGUAUCAUAGUUUUUGGUGAAAAUGUUCGUUUGAUUAAGACUAGUGAACAAGCCUGGGAUACUACAUGUAUUUACACAUUGAUUCAACAGUUACGUUUUGAUCGAGAUGAUGAUACUAAAGAUGCAGAUGCUAUCGAAGCUGCCAUCGAUCUUCUGGAUCACUGUUCAGUUCGAGGUGAGAAGAGAAUCUUUAUUUUGACCGAUGGUUAUAGUAACUGUGGAAGUCGACUAUCGAUCGUACAACAACGGGCUGAAGAUCAUGGUAUUGAUCUGCUUGCUAUGGCGAUUGGUAUCGAUCAAACCAACCUUAAAUCAGUCUACAAACGUUAUUUACAAUGUGCUACACCAUACGGAUUACCAAAAGCGUUGCGAGCUCUCUUCGAAAAUGAAACUCAAUUAUUUUCAUUAGAAUGGCCACCAAAUAUAAACACGGAUAGUAACAAAACUGAUGAUUCUAUUAGUACAAUAGAUAAUCUCUUUGAUGAUAUCAAAUCGAAGAAGAUUUUUAGAGAAUUGAUUCAAGAUUUAGCUGGCCAACGCGAUUUGAUGUUAAUCAACAGUGGUCAGCCACCAUCAAAUAUGACUGUUGAUAUCUGUUUCUGUCUCGAUUGUACUGGAAGUAUGUCACGAUGGAUAUCGGCAGCUAAAGAUCAAAUGAAAAGUAUCAUAGAAGGUAUCACUAAAUUGAUUGAAAAAGAAUAUCCAUCACUCAAACUACAAUUACGUUUUGCUAUCGUUGGUUAUCGUGAUAUUGGUGAUCAACCACAAUUUUUCACUCAAGAUUUCACUGAUGAUACUAAUCAAGUAAUUAAUUUUCUUAAUACGUUAAUAGCAAAUGGUGGCGGUGAUAUACCUGAAGAUGUACUUAGUGCACUUGAUCGUUGUUUAACUUUGACAAAUUGGAGUAAUACUAAUGCUCGUUUUAUUGUUCUCAUCACUGAUGCACCUGGCCAUGGACCAGAACUAAAUGAUAAUCUCAACAUCGAUCGACAUCCUCAAGGAACUAGUAUACAUACAGUGAAAAGUAUUUGUGAUCGUCUUUUAAAAAAAGAUGCAGAAAUCGAUCUCAUGUUUUGUCAAAUAAAACCAAAAGCAACUGCUAAAAUGGAAAAAGCAUUUCAAACUCAUUAUGAUGCUCAAAAGGAUGAAACAGGCAAAGUAUUCACUACAAUUCAGUUAUUCGAUGAUAAACAACAAGAAACACAAUCGUUUCAUUUCGUCUUUGUACUUGAUGAAUCAGGUUCGAUGGCCGGUGAAUGGAAUUCUUUGCAAUCUGCUUAUGGUGCAUUUUUGACACGACGUAAUGAUGAUCAAGGUGGAGAUGAUCAUUUUAGUGUUAUUCAAUUCGAAUCUAAUGCACGAAUUAUUUGUCAACAACAAAGUCUGUCAAAUACACCUCGUUUUCUAUCUAUGAAUGGUGGUGGUACAGACUAUUGUCAAGGUUUAAAUAAAGCCAAUCAAGCAAUUGCUGCUGAUCAUACAGCCUCAUCGGUCGUGAUGAUUUUCAUGUCAGACGGUGCUGAUGGGAGUAGAGGAGAUCCUGUAGCACUCAUACGUCAAUUUAAACAGAAUUAUGGAACCAAUCAUAAAUUUGUUUGUCACACAGUUGGUUUUGGAUCUGGAAUUGCUCGAGGAAGCAAAGAAGCACAAUUACUUCAAAACAUGGCUUCAGAUGGUGGUGGUCGAGCCUAUUCAGCACUGACCGGUGCUGAACUUCAGACUGUAUUCAAUCAUAUUGCUGCGAACAGUACAACGAGUGAUGCACUUGUCGAACGUUUCUCGGCUAUCUUAGCACAAAAUAUAAGCAUCAAAAUUAUGGUCGAUUAUCUUUGA